AUGGCUAGUUGCUCCUUCGCUCGCGACCAAGCGACAAGGAGACUGCGAGCUGCAGCGGCGGCAACAGCGGCGGCUCUAGCUGCGGCGGCGACCACCCCGUUUCUUUCCUCGAGAACCCCCACCGCACUCAUUGGGACCGGGUCGUCUUGUCCGGGAGCCAUGUGGCUCUCCACGGCCACUGGCUCCCGGUCAGACUCGGAGUCCGACGAGGAGGACCUCCCCGUCGGGGACGAAGUCUGCAAACGCGGCUACCUGCGGAAGCAGAAGCAUGGGCACUGGCGCUACUUCGUGCUCAAACUCGACACCGCCGACGCCCCAGCUCGGCUGGAAUACUACGAAAAUGCCAGGAAGUUCCGGCACAGUGUCCGCGCCGCGGCGGCUGCAGCGGCGGCGGCCGCCUCCGGCGCCACUGUCCCCGCACUCAUUGCACCGCGGCGCGUGAUCACCCUGUACCAGUGCUUCUCGGUGAGCCAGCGAGCCGACGCAAGGUACCCACACCUCAUCGCUCUUUUCACCCAAAACGAGUAUUUCGCGAUGGUGGCCGAGAAUGAGUCGGAGCAAGAAAGCUGGUACUUGCUGCUCAGCCGCCUCAUCCUUGAGAGUAAGCGGCGCCGCUGCGGCACGCUCGGCGCGCAGCCGGAGGGAGAGCCCGCCGCGCUAGCGGCUGCAGCGGCGGCGGAGCCACCCUUCUACAAAGAUGUGUGGCAGGUAAUAGUCAAGCCCAGGGGGCUGGGGCAUCGAAAAGAGCUGAGCGGCGUGUUCCGGCUCUGUCUUACCGACGAGGAGGUUCUGUUCGUGAGGUUAAAUACCGAAGUGGCCAGCGUGGUCGUCCAGCUCCUGAGCAUCCGUCGCUGUGGGCACUCGGAGCAGUAUUUCUUCUUGGAAGUCGGUAGGUCCACCGUCAUUGGUCCGGGGGAGCUCUGGAUGCAAGUGGAUGACUGUGUGGUGGCCCAAAACAUGCACGAGCUGUUUUUGGAGAAGAUGCGAGCCUUGUGUGCGGACGAGUACAGAGCCCGCUGCCGCAGCUACAGCAUCAGCAUCAGCGGCCACCUGUUAACCCUGCUGUCCACUAGGAGGCACCUGGACAUGCUGCCGCUCGAGCCCGGUGGCUGGCUCCGAAGGUCCCGCUUUGAGCAGUUUUGCCACCUUUGGGCCAUCGGUGACGACGGGGAAGACGAGAUGCUCCUCUCCAGGCGCUACAUAACACCCAAUGAGCCUGUGCCCCCCUCCAGACAAGGAAGACUACACCUGCCCAGAGGGCGCAGAUCCAGGAGAGCGACUUCAGUGCCAGCCAGCUUUUUCCGCCGCGCCGCACCCAGCCCUGUGCGCAUCCAGUGCCCUACAGAAGCCCUCCACGACCGAGAUCCCGUGUCUCCUGAAGCCUCUGGUUCUGGCUCUGGCAACUCGGGGGAAGAAGGCGGUCCUCAGGGCAAAGAGGAUCAGGAAGAAAACGAAGGUGACUAUAUGCCCAUGAACAACUGGGGCUCGGGAAAUGGCCGGGGCUCAGGAAGUGGACAGGGUUCAAGUGGGCAAGGCUCCAGUAGCCAAAGCUCCGGGGGAAGUCAGUGCUCAGGCAGGGGGCAUGGCUCCGGAGGUGGUCAGGGUUCAAGUGGCAGCCAUGGCUCAAGUGGCAGAGGCUCUGGGGAGCAGAGUGCAGGAGGAAACCAGUGCUCGGGAGACGGCCAGGGCACCGCUGGGCAUGGCUCAGGCAGUGGCCAGGGAGCUGGAGGUGGGCACGGCUCAGGCCGUGGCCAGGGGCCCGGAGAUGGCCACGGCUCAGGCGGUGGCAAGAACUCGGGAGGGGGCAAAGGCUCGGGGAGUGGGAAGGGCCCCGAAGGCAAUGGUGAUCGUGGGAAAUCUCUGAAGAAAAGAUCCUACUUUGGCAAAUUAACUCAAAGCAAGCAACAGCAAAUGCCGCCACCUCCGCCACCUCCACCCCCACCCCCACCAGGUGCAGCAACUGGUGGCAAAGGGAAGUCUGGGGGAAGGUUCCGACUUUAUUUUUGUGCAGACAGAGGGGCCACAAAAGAACGUAAAGAAGCCAAAGAAGUGAAAGACACGGAGCCCCCAGAAGGUGCAGCUCGGGGGCCCCACAGAGCCAGAGCUUUUGAUGAAGACGAGGAUGAUCCCUAUGUGCCAAUGAGGCCAGGCGUGGCUGCUCCUCUCGCAAGCUCCAGUGACUACAUGCCCAUGGCUCCUCAAAAUGUCUCUGUGUCCAAAAAGCGGCACUCUCGAUCACCUUUCGAAGAUUCGAGAGGGUACAUGAUGAUGUUUCCCAGAGUGAGCCCACCACCUGUGCCAAGUCCUCCAAAAGCACCUGAUCCUGCUAAAGAGGAUGACUCAAAGGACAAUGACAGUGAUAGUGACUACAUGUUCAUGGCUCCUGGAGCUGGCGCCAUUCCCAAAAACCCCAGAAAUCCUCAGGGAGGCGCUUCCUCCAAAAGUUGGAGCUCCUACUUCUCUCUGCCAAAUCCUUUUCGGAGCUCCCCAUUGGGACAGAGUGACCACAGUGAAUAUGUACCGAUGUUACCUGGAAAAUUCCUAGGAAAGGGCCUAGAGAAGGAAGUCUCAUCUAACAGAGGCCCCAAAGAUACAGCUUCAAAGCCUUCAGCUGAAGGGUCGUUCUCAAAGCCUAGAGAUGGGGGAUCACCUUCCAAGCGUUCAGGUGAUGGGCCCCCCAAGAACAAGGCUAAGAGACCUAAUAGACUUCCUUUUAUGACCAAAGGAAACAAAGUCAAGCCAAAACCACAAAAGCCCACACAGGAGCAGAGAGAAGCCGACAGCCCUGGGGGCUACGUCAACAUUGACUUCCCUAAGAGAGGUUAUAAUAUGCCAGAUCCAUGUCUUCAAAGACUUCCAGGUGUGUGGGGCAUAAUUGCCGACCCCAGACAGUUUGCCUUUUCCAAUUAUGUGAAUGUUGAGUUCGGAGUGCCGUUUCCAAAUCCAGCAGACAACCUCUCAGAUCUCUUCAGAGCUAUCCCAGGUGCCAAUCCCUUCUUUCUGGAAGGUGCUACAGGGAGCACUGCUAAUAGGGAAGAAGGUGACUACAUCGAAGUGAUUUUCAACCCAGCGAUGACACCAGCUGUGCCUUUUGCUGACAGUGCCAUUCGCUACGAUGCCGAAACCGGUCGCAUCUACGUGGUCGACCCAUUUUGUGAGUGCUGUAUGAACAUUUCUCUCUCCCCCAGCCGCUGCUGCGAACGACCACCUGUAGCGAGGCUGCUGCUGCGAGAAGAGCUCGAGCGAAGGCGCCCACAAAGCCGUUCGCAAAGUUUCUUUGCAGCCGCCAGAGCCGCCAUCUCGGCUUUCCCGACCGACAGCCUCGAGAGAGACCUAUCCGCCUCCUUCGCCGCGGCCGCGGCCGCCGUGCCAACCUUAGCCGUGGGCCGGGCUUUAGCCGCCGCCUCCGCUUUGGUCGCAGCUCCCGGCAUCGGCGCAGCAGCCGCCGGCCUCGAGGCCGCCGCUGGAUUUGACUCCGCCUCCGUCCGCUGGUUCCUACCUGUUGCCAAUGCUGCUGGUGCCGCGGUCAGGGGGGCCCAAGACGUUGCGGGUGGCUCGAACCGCAGAGCCCCAAACCCAUCAGCAGACCUGGCCGGAGGUGAGAACCGAGCCGGUGGGGCUGCCGCUGCAGCCGCCGCUCCGCCUCCAUCACCUGGCCGCGGCCGGGUGCCCAGACCCCCAGAGCGAGAAGAUUCUGACGACGACGACACGUACGUGAGAAUGGACUUUGCAAGACGUGACAACGGGAAGUUCGACUCUCCCCAAAGAGAGUGAUUACAUUGCCACAAACAAUUUAGAAGAAACGUGAUGCUUAUGGAAUUUCAUCUUUGUCUACUCCAGAUCUGCCUAAAAGAGAAUUCACAGGCUUCUGAAUAGAAAGCAACCUGAAUUUCUAAAAGCCUACAAGUGGAUGCUGGCAGUUGAAUAAUCUUAACACAGAUCAUUGUUAGUGCUGCCUUAUAGAUCCGGUGAUUUUGAAUUAAGAAAUUCACUCUACUUUGCUUUUAUUUUCUGAUUUCCCUCCUCAAUCUGUCAUUUUGAAAGGAAACAAAUGUAUAAAAGUGAAUAUCUCACAACUUGCUCCUUCUUAAGAACAUUACUGACCUAUGUAUAAAUGUGGCCAAUAUCAAUUUUACUAAUGUAUAAAACUUAGAUUUAGUUUUGAAGUUGAAAACCCUUGAAAUAAGAGGAGAUAAAGAAGGUUAUGUUCCUGAGAAGGUAGGUAUGAUCUGGAAUCUUUCUGAGUAGUAUAUAUACAAAACUUUUCUUGAUCAAAGACUUAAACUUCAACUGGACUGAUAUCUGGAUGGGACAUUUCUAAUAUUUUAAAUGCAGGACCAAAGGGCAGAUUAUCUCAGUUUUGUUCAUGAACAGAACUGCAACUUUCUGUCCACAUUCACUGUUAACUGAUAUCUUGACUGAACUUUGCCAAUGUUAUAAAGACAGAACUGGAGAACAGAGGAUCUGUUUCUUCAUAUACAAUACUGUGAUGUUCUGCUUGCAAAUCAAUUGAACAUUUCCAAAACCAUUUUUUUUUUUAAUUUUAAAACCUACAUUUUCCCCCUAAAUGAAGCAAAGUUCUUCAGAAAGUCUCUUCACGAAGACCCUCUCUGCCACUCUGGGCCUCCCCCUUUCACCCUCCAUUCUCCCCCUCUUUCUGGCUCUUUCCUUGACACACUUUCCCUCCUAUGCCCAGGGCUCCUAUAAAGAGAUCAGUUUCCCAUAUUCAAGGAAUUAGUGUGUACAAAUCAAUCAGUAUUCUGACUGAAAUUUAAGCCAAAAGGAACCUCUUAUAAGGUUUUGUUUCCCUUUGGGCAACAAGACUAUAUAAGAUGAACAGAAUUUAAAAAAUGAAUCAGAGCAAGCUCCCCCUUCCUAUUUUUGCUUGUCUCUGAUGGAAACUGAAUUAAGAUUUUAGGAACCUGGACCUUUGAGAACAUGACACUAACAGGUGGUGAUCACAGAGGAAAGGUACAAAGGUCUUGAAGCUUGCUUAGAGCUUUGUUACGUGGUGGCACACAAAUCACAACUUGUUGUACCAUCACUGGCAAACCUCAUCACCGAUGGGUGUGAGUGUCUGUAAUAGCUGUGUGAGUGCUAACGUGUGUGCACACAUUUGUGUACCUGUGUACAUGUGAUUGUAGAUGUACCUGUUGUGCGUAACUCUGUUUUAAAAAAAAAUUGCUUCGCAUUUGAUGUGCAACUUUGAAGUAGUGUAACAUUUACCUGAAGUUUUCUGCCACUCGGUUCUGAUGCCUUUGAACGUGUACUUCUAUCUUCAAGCAGGCUUCUAGUACAUGUGUUGCUACACUAACUUUUCUGAAGAACCGAGUUGACUUCUAUUAUUUUUCCUUGCCUAUCAACCAAGGGGAUGGGGUGGGGGUUCUCCUAUUGUUUGUGCCCUUGUGAAUGGGGCUGAGGAGAGGAUGUGGCGCAGUACCAAUCACUGCUCCAGUUACUGGUCACUGCUAGGGCAUCAGUCUCACCAGUUCCUUCAGACUCUUCGCUUUUCCCCAACCUAGUCAAAGAAAUGCAGUGUGGCUUUUGUUUAUUAUGGUAACAAUGCAGUCUUUAGGCAGCCUUUCUCAAGCCUUCUCUCACCAUUUUGUUUUCACGUUAAGUCAUAAUCGUUCAGAAUUGUGGAAAGAAAAGAUUAUUUGGGGGGAAAAUGCUCUCUUGCUUUAUUUACAUGUUAGGUUCAGAGGCUGCCAACAGACAGGGUAUAGCACAGACGUAACACUUGCUGAAUAAAUGAAGGGAAGCCCUCAUACACAACAGUACACAUAGUAACAGGUACAAAUAGUCACAGGUACAGCAUAACAAAUAUGCAAUCUUUUGACACAACUUCUUAGUUUACAGACACAACUAAUUUAUUCAGUAUUGUGCUGGAGGAAUCUUUUUAGAGUCAGUGUACCAACAUAUCACUUACUUUUCAGCUACGAGUUUAUGCUGCUGUUAAGAAAAACCAAUGAUGGAACGAUUUUUUGUGACCUCUCUACUUCAUUUGGUAUCAGACAUAGUUAACUUAGUCAGUAAAAACUAAAAUGUUCCAGUUCCAACAGUUCAUUACAUUUGCUCUUUCUGCUUUCACAGAUCUGCUUUGAGUUGCUCUGGCUUUGUCUUCCUUUGUAAAUACUCUUGUAUUCUUUUUUUCUUUGUAAACAUCUCAUUUGCAGUUUUGGGAGACAACCUUGCAACUCUGUAUAGUGUUUAUAUAUAUAUCUGACUUGCCUUUCCAUAGAGCUACUCGCAAUAAAUGUGUUCAUGA